GCUGUUUAAAGUGGGAUUACAAAACCCUCAGCCACGAAGAAAAUAACUGGCUUUAGUACACUUACUGCAUAUUUUGUAACAAUUUUGCAGCUAUAUCGGCAGUCAGCAUCAAUUUAUCUAUACCAGAUGUCAUCAAAGGCAAAGAGUAAACUUCCUCGCCCAGUUGGCAGCAGAACUAGAGACUCAAUUUUAGCUGGGAGAUCAUCCUUCAUUGUUUCUAAAUCUAAAUUAGCAACUAUAAGCUCCAAACCCUCAAAUGUGAACAGCAAGACGAGCCGGGUUAAGCCUAUCCCAAACUUCAAUCAGCUUCAUCAGCAGUGGCAAUCACAACUCGAUAGAGGGAAGUUGUGCUGCAAAAAAGCCAAUACCAGUGUGCACGAGUUUGAUUUCAAUAGUCAAUUGAGUUAUGCACCUACCCAGCCAAAGGAUGUUCUAUGGGAGCAGGACUUUGAAGCUGAUCCGGAGGCACUACAGAGUAUUUUGAAGCAUGAAGGUCUCUCACAACAUUCAGUGUUACAAGGCAGAGCGACUAUAGCUGCUGUACCUAGAAAUAGAAAAGGUAGUGAGCACACUGCAAAAUCGGGCACUCAACGCAUCCAGCAUAAAACUCCCAGCACCCCCCAGUCGAGACGUGUUCUAGGUCAGCUUCCAAGCGAUUUUUUACGCACACGACUCAACAAUGAUUCAUCUGGUAACUCUAGCCGGACAAACAUACAGCAGAAGUCGGGGAAUAGAAGCAAUGGGUUGAUCGGCUCCAGUAAGAAGCCGAGAAAAUCAUUUGUGGAAGAGCAGGAAGCAUAUAACAUUGAAUUUGAAGUCGACAAUAAUGCCCUGGCAAGCAUAAUCGAUAAUACGGGUAUUGCUGGAGCCCUCCGGAAGCAGCCAGUGGCCAACAAUAUAACCCGACAGACAUAUGGCGGUAGGAGUACACGAAAACAGCAGCAGCCUAGAGAGGGGCCAAGAAUGUCUAUAUAUGAUGCUGUUUCUCGACCAUACCAAAAUGCUAACGAAUUUUACACUUCAUACAGAGACAGAAUGAAACGAGUGUUUUCUGAGUUGGAUGAGAAUGAUGAAAAUGAUGCACCUCUCCGACCGUCACUACAUGGCAAGGUUCAACAGAGUAACCAUGGUAACAAACAUACACCGGCAGCAAUGAGGAUGCCAGCACAGGAGAGGGCUCAUGCAACCAGGUCAUCCUUGUAUAAUGCUUACACACCCAAAGCUAUGGUCACCAGCCCAACAUCCAUGCUUCUACAGAGGACUAGCAGGCUGUCGAUAUACGACUCAGUGCGGAUAACUAACGUCUUUGGCCACAUGGAGCCAAAAGUUAGUAGCACGCAGAAGAUGAGUGCACAAAGAAUGGCACGUCGGGUGCCCAAGGAUAUGAAACCUUCACCAGUCCUGCAAAAUGAUAGAGUCACUACUGAACAAAAGACAGGCAAGAAGAAGAACCAGGAGAAUUUGGAUCACAUGGCCAACAAAGAUGUAUCGCACAGCAGAGUGCAAAAGGACGUGGUGGCCAAAACAUUGACCUUUGGAGAGGAUCCGCCAUUGCCGAUUGCUGGAGAAAGCUGCCGGUCUUAUGAAUGCAGUCCCGAUAACAGUGCGAGCUUGGACGACAGCCUCGGUCUAAACACGACAGUAUUCAAUCAGCUAAAGGAGCUGGAUGAGAAAGAGAAACUCCUAGAGCUGGAAAUUCAACGGAUAGCAGAAGCUGAAGGUCACAACGGUGAAGGUCACAGUCGAGCCAAAGAUUUCCUACUCGAUCGGACUACGGACUCGAUCAGCGAGCCGAUUGCUCACAUGCACACAACACACAGUGGGACUGUACAGAAUCGUGGUCAGCCGAAUCAGCUUCAGCAGCAGCAGCAGCGGCAGCGGCCAGAGUCGGGGACGCAGAGCAGCGAGGAUGACCGUCAGCCGAAUCGUCCGUGCGGUUACAACGUUGGAGAGCUGGCGGGGUGUCUCGGUCGAGGCGCGGCUGCGUCUGGUAGGUCACGUAAUGCGCGCACCGACCCGCGCGUGAGAGCGUGGAGAGAGGACACCGAGUCGGUGACGGAGAAGGUGACAGAUCGACGACGUCUGGGGAGAACCGCCUCACAGCAGCAGCCAGCAGUCGCAGGUGGCACCUCCUCGGACAGCGCGAGAAGCUGCGUCGCGGAGGCGAGUGAGACACGCGAGGCAAAGUCGAACGACAGCGGCAGCGCUACGAGCGCGAGCGAGGCGAGGGAGGUCGGCGAGUCGAGGCGGCCCCUGUUCUACGACGACACGACGAGCCAGCACAUACUGCAGUGCCUGGAGCUGAUCCAGAAGCAGCAGAUGGAGCUGCUUCGGCUACAGGCAUCCUCUGUCGGGGCCACGCACGGCAUCUCCAAAACCGUUGAUAUAGAGGGCAGCAUUGAUCUUCUCCAGAGGGAGCUGCAGACGCUGAUGUCAAGCUCUUCUGCAGCGAAGAAGCAAGACUCGAGCUUCCUCUCUGGGAAGAGCCACUCUGAGAGCCACCGUGGUUUAGAACCUAGCGCAACGACCCGCACAGACAGCCCGCGGGGUUCUGAACCCACCGUGAAGACCCGUGUAGAGCAUGGCUGUGAGCCCACUGUGAAGGAUGGCAUGUUCAAGGCGCCCGCUGCAGCCACCCUCAGUAGAAGAGCCACGGCGGCGACUGAGACACCGGUGGCGGCCUCUGGCGGUCUGUCGCGCGAGGAAGAUGCGUCCGUCAUUGCUGGCCUCCUCGCCGGCACGCCCGCCGCUCACAUAGACUACAGUCUCACCAACAGCUUUGCUCCACCGUUCGUCUCGACGGCCGUCAAGAAGCCGCCGCGCACGCCCGCUGCGACGUUUGCGCCCGCUGUGCUGCUGCAUGCAGAGGGCGCCGGCGUAGCUCCGACCCCGGCGAGGUUGACCUCGUCGCUGCUGGCGACGCCGCAGGUGCACCGGCGCUGCGCGGAGGCACGCGCUGUCAGCGCCCCCAUCAGGACUCCGCUGGCGAUGAGAAACGCCGCGAUCAGCUACACGGUGGCACAGCACCUGUCAGGGGUGGCUAAACCCGCCCACCGCCCGCUAUUUGAGGACACAAUCAACCUGUCAAGCGCGUUGCCACCGACGCCGACCGUGGGCCUGCAGGCGCUGGAAGAGAAGCUGUUUGAGCGGUACCGGAGUGACCAACCGAAGGUACAGCCUGAAAGGGAACAAGUGUCUUUCGACAAGACUAAAACCUGUACUGCUAGCAAUGGCUCCUCUCGUACACUGAGACAGAGCCCUAAGGAAAUACCCACUCUUCUUGCUCAGGUCACGCUGCAGCAGUCGUCGCAGAGGUUUCACGACGUGCUGUUGGACGAGGAAUGCGCGCUGCACAUGUGCUACCAGCUUCCGGCGGCCGGCAGCACCCGCUGUCGAGACCCUGUCGCCACCAUGCUGUUCAUGGGAGAUGAUAUGCACUUUGUCCCAAUCCACAACGUCAUGAAGAUAUCAAGUCACGUGGGAGAGUCUGCAUUUGCACGAGCCGUAUGAGCGGUGAGGAUGCACCCCAUAGAUGGAAGCAGAAUCCAGGUUGCUGAUUGUCUCAGUGACCAUGUCAUUGACCUUAUCCUUGGCUAGGUCAUAAACCAUGUCCUUGGCUGUGUCAUUAACAAUGUCAUUGUCUGUGUCAUUCACAAUGUCAUUGACUGGGUCAUUAACAAUGUCAUUGACUGUUGCCAUGACUGUGUCGUUGACCGUUCUUUCGACUGUGUUUCUCAUUCAUCGUUUCAUCGACUGUGUCCUUGACUGUUUUAUUAAGCAUGCCAGUGAUGAAAUCACUAGUUAAUUUGACCAGGUUAGUGACCAUGGCCUACACUAUCAUUCACCAUUCCACUGGCUGUCUCCCAGACUGCAUUAUUGAUCGUGUCUGAGACCUCGAAGGCAUUUCGUACCAACGACCAAGUCACCUUGCAUUUUCAGAGAUUCAUAAUGCAGUUCAUACAUGACAGAUUUCAUACAGGUAUGUGCUCACAGUAGAUACACAGGGCGUUACACAAAUUCCACUCUCAACAAGAGUGCUUGGAAUUUGGCACGAUAAGGGAUACAUGCAUUGUGUAGAGUAUUCACGUCACAUACCCGUGUUAGCUCGUUCUUACGAGCUUUGAUUGAAGGAUCCGCCUUUUGUAAUGUGUAAUAUAUUACCAUGAAGUGUCAUGGUUUUAAUGAUAUAGCAUUAGUGUAUAAGCCGAUAUCAGGGGUAAUUAAAAACAAAAUAAAACGUUUGUUUUUAUUCACUCCUGCCAAUGUUUAUCAGCUUCAGGAUUCUCAGAAGAUUGGGUGUGCAUGCUGGUUAAAUCUGCAUUCAUGAGGAAUCAGUCGAUGAAAUCACUUUAAGCCUUGCUAAAUAUAUUAAUAUUAUCUCCAGAAAAAAACAACAACACCUCAUUGCCUAAACCUGCCCCAUGACUUGGCAUUAGUCUGUGUUCACCCCUGAACACCUACGUUUGUUCACCUUGGUGUUCUUGUAGGUAUUUACAAGCAAAAGCAUGCUUCUUCAUCUCAGUAAUAUAUUAAUGCACAGUAGCUGCAUUCUGAAGAGCAUGUUGUAAAAGACUUGAGCAAUAUGUACUGUUUUAUGUACAGUUACAGAUGAGCAGAGACAAAAAUGUGAUGCAUCAUACUUAUCAGAGGUCGUGUUUUGACUUUGGUUUUCCAUGAGUGCAGGUUAAACUAUAAUGUGCCACGUCUUAAUAUAUAACUUGCACUAUAUAACUUGUUGUUAUAGGAACAAUGUGUAUACAUAGAGAAUUAUAAACCGUUUAAUAAUAGAUUUAUUUCAUCAAUCAAUAACAGUUUACUACGUAUGUUUGUUUGUGGUCAGCAAUUAGUUAUUGUUUUCGUGUUAUCGUAUUUUAUCUCUUCUCUUCUAUGAUUUUUCUUGUGGAGUAGGAAAGUCGUAAUUGUGCUUAUUGCUUUCGUGGAUUUAGUUGGUUAUAUUAUUAUAACAGCAGCAUGAUAUUUUGUAUAGGGAUGCAAAAUCAAUUACCUAAUCCAAUGGGGUGAAAUUUAAACGUUUUAUCAAGUUUGUAUAUUAAAAAUCACGUAAAAAAUAGGGGCACCAUGUUAAUAGAUCCCAAGCACGCUUUAUUCAGUCUAUUGUCUUUACCUCUUAGUCUAUCCCAUGUUACAUUAGGAUGGUCGAUCCACUACCAUACUGUAGUAACAGCUAACAUUAUAUUAUAUGGUAUACAGUUACUUGGGUUUUCCCGUUUGGGUGUAUUGUGGUGCAUGUGAGUAACAAUUGUUCGUCGAUAAAAUGAGGUUGUCUUAUUACGCAGUUUCUUCGUUAUUAUUCAGCAUCACGUUGGUGUAUUUUUACGUGUAGUCAUAUUACUCGUUCACUGUUAGUUUGAUUCUGUAAAUAAAUUUUUGUUGAAAAUUCA